UAAAGUACCUAUUUAGUUUUGAGUAAUUUUACAUUAUGCUACUCAAGUUAGGGUACCCUACACACUGUUCUAGGUAAUAGGGUGGCAUUAUCAAUUCUCGGCAAAACAUUGCCUCGACCCUGAGUGUCCCAAAACCUUAUCCCAAGUUUAAACAACCCACUGUAUAAUGUGUACUCACUUCAAGCAUUAAAACCAGUAAGGAAGAAGAAGCAUCAUAAGCCCUAAUCCAUUUCAAAACAUCAUAACCUUCAAAACCAGAUUUCAAUGGCGGAUCUAGACCAGAUGGACAACUCCAAUCGUUUCGCACCUAUAUCCAAAGAAACAGCACUUCAAGCCCUAAACACCAUUAUCCAGCUCCACUUCGAGAAAACCCUAGAAAAGAAACGCGCAGUCGACCUCCAAAAGAAGCAGCUAUUCCAGUUCUUUCUCCUCUUCUUUGUCUUUCUAGCCCUAGCUUUCGCCUCGUCGGCUCUCUCUCCUCGCCUUCAAUGCCGCCAUUGUUGGGCACCUAUCGGUCUGGUAUCUCUCGCUCACCUCAUCUUCUAUGCAGCCAUGGCUCAAACCCUAAGGUGCAUCAAUGGAUUCAAAUAUCAGAGAAGGUGCCACAAACUGACCCUAGGGUUAGCUACUGAGAAGCUAAGGCAGAUUAGAAGUGGAAAUGCGGCUGCAACAGAGGAAGAGGAGCUCGAGAUCCAUUACCAGGAGCCACCUGCAUCUUAUUUUGGAAAGUUUAAAAGGAACUGGGCCAUGUAUUUUGGAUUCCUGGUUCUCACAUUUGGGUUCACGGUCUCUUCCAUUGUUGCUCUUCUGUGUUUUUGAAGGAUUGGGGUUUCUGUGAUCCCUAGAGUUUAGGGUUUUCUUCCAUUGUUUCUGAAUUCAUGGGCUCUUUGGUGUGGCCAUGGGUUUUCAAAUUAGUGGUUUUUUGAAUUCAUGGCUUUAGUGACUCUCGAUUUCGUGGUUAUGAAUGGUUGGUUGUAUGUGAAUGUGGCUUCUAUGUAUUUUUUUGAAGGCUCAAACCUUUCCUCUGCAACUAUGUUUUGUCCCGUUUUGUUUACUGUUUCAUGGAUCCGGUGUGGCUUCUUUGAACACUCUCUCUCUCUCUCUA